AUGUCACAAUCAACAAUGCAUAUUGAUGGAGACAGUAUUAUAAAAGGCAACGAACAUCAACUUCGAAAUAACGGAGAUGUUAUCCGUCAACAUCGGAAUGAGAAACUAGAUAUUUAUGAAGUUUUGGAGCUAAAAGAAAUGCUUGAUGAAUUGAAUAGCUAUGAUGAAAUCCUUUCAUCAGCAAUGAGUACAACAAUUGAGAAAGCAAAAUUAUUAGGUUUAAAACCAAAUCCGUGGUUGACAAUAUCAAAGCGAAAACAACAACAGUCAGCUCAUGACAGUAGUUCUUGGCAACCAACGAACAUGAUAGUUACUGAUCGAUCAAGGGAAAUAUCAUCUAUUAGUCGUUCAUUUAAACCGCUAACAACAUCAGAAGAAAAUUAUGAUAAAUUUCAAAAUACAGAAAUUGAAAACAUACAUCGACACAUGUUCACAAAUCGACAAUCAUUCGAUUCACACAGAACAACUCAGCGAUCGAAUGAUAAUGAUAACAGUGACAUGUUGACAAGCGCUGAUAAUGUUCAAGAUAAGUCGGAAUCGUUUAGUAAAGGUGAUAAUAUUCGAUUAAAUGUUUUUUCAACACAAUAUUCCGUCGGUUCAAAACGGCUCUGUGAUAGUCGCGCUAGUGGAAUCGAAAAGCAACAACAAAAUGAAAAUAAUACUCGUGACGGUGAAAAAAAUCAAAAUCUUUCACUUCUUUCUCCUCAACAAUUAAAUCAGAUUGUAGCAAAUUCCAAAUUGAAUCCAGAAGCAAAACCAUUCACAGCAUCAGUUGGUAAACGUGAACAAUAUCAUCGAACAGCGACGAAUGAUACGAACCAAGUGACCGAACACCAAUGGACAUCGAUUGUAAAUUUAGAAAAAUUACGUCAUAAUAAUCGAUUUUCUCCAACGACAUUUCAUUAUGCGAACACCUGUGUACCAUAUUCAUUCAAACCAUUACAAGCGAAUACAGUAGCGAAUUUCUGCAUGCAAAACACGAAUCGUUUUCCAAAUCCAUCGCAGCAGAUGAUGGCUGGAGGACCCAUGACUGCUAGUUAUCAAAUGCCUCAAAUGAAUUCACAGCCAAAUCAACAGCAACAAAUGUCUAAUGUUCCAUCAUCUCACGCGCCCCCAUCUGUUCAACAGCAACAGCACGGGCUACAUGGGGGACAUUCAAUGAUGCAAAGUCCAAAUGCUCCUCCUUAUGUUAGUGUAUCUCCACAAGUGCCAUCCCCGUCACUCCAACAACAAGCACCGACGACUCGUGAUAGGAUUAUGAGUGGACAAAUAAAUAUGUCUUCAUCACCCGGUAAUCAAAUGGUUACACAGUCACAACAACAUCCCUCAACCUCAUCUUUUCCACCGCAACAAUAUUCCAACAAUGUUGGUUCAACACUACCUACUCAUACAUCGCCCACAAUGCUGAUAUCGAAUCCUCCUAGUAAUGGAAUGCCAUAUAGCGCUUUAACUCCACAGCAUAUGAUAAAUGCUCCACCACCCCACAUGACCCAUCCAUCUUCAAUGAUAAUGAACCAAAUGGUGCCGCCACAAGUAUUAGCACAACAGCAGCAAGUUCAACAGCAAAAUCGAACAGAAGAUGAUCUUGGUGCCAAAUGUAAAAGAGCAUUUACUGUAUUUGAUGAGAGAUUAAAAUCAGAUGAAGCUCGUUUAUCUGCGCAAAAUCCUGAUGUAAUCACUCAAGCAGCACAAAGUCUCAGCAAGAAAUAUGAAGCAUUACUGGUAUCGCUAGAUGUUCUGGAAAUGACACUGCGUAUGUUACAAGACUGCUCAACAACUUUAAAUGAUUUUCGACGUUUAAUGCCAUCAGCGGCCAGUGUCGUUGAUGCAGGAAUUCAUCCAAUUGCAAAUCCGCCUAUUGUUCCUGUAAUUGGUCGUGCAGUUGACCCACUCCAAUAUCAGUUUUUAUUAAAUCACAUUCAAUCACAAACAAACACAUUGAACAGUGUCAGAGAUAUGGGAAAGAAAUUUACUGACACGCAAACAUCGACGUCAACAAGAUAG